CUGAUAUCAUUGAUGGGCGUACUCAGUAAAGCACACAAAUAUCUGGUGUGGUUUGGAGCUGCAUAUGUUACUGUUCUUAUUUCGCUCGUACAUCCACUCGUUCAACAGGAAUUACUCUAUCUCCGCAAUGUAAGAAUGGUCGAUGAGUCGACGCUAUCAAACCCAGCAGCCUUUGGGCUAUCGCCUUACAGUACGUUGAAUGUAAAGCUAAACACGUCCGAUGGAGAGCAUCUUGGUGCAUGGCAAGUAUUGCCAAAAUCUCUCGUCAAAUUUGAUGGCAGUAUAGAAGAACAGCUUAUCGAGGAUGCCUUCAGGUCACAUCUGACGGUUAUUUUUGCACACGGUAACGCAGCAACUCGUGCGAUGCAGGGCAGAGUCGCAACAGUCAACCAACUCUCAACAAAGUUAGAUGCAAAUGUUAUAGCAUUUGACUAUCGUGGUUUUGGUGAUUCUACGGGGUUACCUUCGGAAGAUGGCCUAACUUUGGAUGCAUCGGCUGCAUACGAAUAUGCUAUCAGUAGGGGCGCUGUACCAGAAAACAUUGUCCUCCUUGGCCAGUCACUCGGCACAGGUGUUAUGAGCAAUUUCGCGAAGAAGCUCUCUGAUCAAGGUGUACGAGUCCGUGCUGUUGUUCUCGCAGCUCCUUUCUCGUCUAUAUCCAAGUUACUUGAGACGUACAAAAUAGGUGGCUUAUUCCCACUCUUUAGCCCAAUGAGGUCGCUCCCACAAAUUCGAGACUACUUGUUCACAUUUUUAAAACACAAGUAUAACACAAUGGAGAAUAUUCAAUCGAUAUCAUCUGCUAUUCUAAUCGCGCAUUCGAAAGAUGACCUCGAAAUACCCCUUGACCACUCACUAUCACUCUUUAAAAGCCAGCCUGGCGAAGUUGCGACACGUACCAUAACAACGUUAACAAAUCAACAAUGGGGUGUUUACAAUUACAUAAAUCAUCCGUUCAAGAGAGCUUUCCUUAUUACUGAGAACGGUGGUCAUAAUAACGUUGUUUCGUCUGAAGGCUUUGCUGAGGUUGUCCAAAAUUUUAUAACAAAAGUAUAAUGUUCUAAAUAUGAUGCAUUUAAAUAACUAUUCUCAUCAUUUGUCUUGA